AUGAGGAGAGAUAGUUUAGUCUUGUCACAAUUAUUUGAAUCAUAUAUAAACGCCGAUAGUUUUCUGGAAAUUAUAUCUGUUUAUAGGGAAAUAUGUGAACGUUUAAAUUUAUUCCCUAAAAGAGGCAUACCAUUUUAUCAAAGAUUGAAAAGCAAGAUUAAAUGCUGGAAAGCUUUAGCUCUAUGGACGAAGCUUGAUAAAAAAUGUUCUCAAAAAGUUUACAGGCAACCUAAUAGCUGCCAAAAUAUCAACGCUCUGGUGAUAGGUGCAGGACCUUGUGGCUUACGAACGGCCAUCGAGUUAGCCCUACUGAAUUGCAAUGUGCUUGUUGUCGAGAAGCGAAUCCAAUUCUCUAGGCACAAUAUGAUACAUCUCUGGCCCUUCGUCUUGCACGAUCUUAAAUGUCUCGGGGCUAAAACAUUCUUCGCUCAGUUUUGCGCCGGUUCCAUCGAUAACAUAAGUAUUCGUAAGAUGCAAUGCAUUUUAUUGAAGGUGGCUUUGUUACUUGGUGUCAAUAUCCACGAGGGAGUAGAGUUUUUAGAUACAGUUGAGCCCACAAAUCAAAGCGGAGGAUGGAAAGGAAGAUUCGAACCUGCUGAUCACACUAUCAAUCAAUACGAAUUCGAUGUUUUAGUCGGAGCGGAUGGUAAAAAGAAUACUUUGCAAGGUUUUAAUCGCAAAGAAUUCAGAGGAAAACUGGCCAUAGCUAUAACUGCCAACUUGGUGAAUCACAAGACUGAUUUGGAAAAUAGGCUUGAAGAAAUUAGCGGGACUUCUUGUAUUUUUAACCCUUCCUUCUUUGCUAAACUCAAAAAUUUUACUGAUAAUGGGGAAACGGAUGGUGGCAAUGGAGGACAAAUAGACCUAGAAAAUUUGGUAUAUUACAAAGACGACACCCAUUAUUUCGUCAUGACUGCUAAAAAACAUUCUCUCUUAAGCACCCGAGUCUUGAAACAGGAUUAUUCGGAACCUUCUAGGCUCCUUUCUCCGUCCAACAUAGACAGGUCAGCUCUUUUAUCGUAUGCCUUGAGAGUUGCCCACUUUUGCACGGACGGAGUUUUACCUAUCGAUAGUAGGGAAGGGAGUAGAAAAGACACUUACAAUUGGAAAGAAGAAGUAAAGAAUGAAACGAGGAAAAAUAAAGAAAGGAAAGUUUGGGCAGUCAAUCAUAAAGGGCAAGCCGAUGUCAAUGUUUUCGACUUUACAAGUAUGUUCCAAGCCGAAUCUAGUCUGAGAAUUAUUGAAAGAAUGGACAAAUUAUUGCUCAUUGGACUUGUGGGAGACGCUUUACUAGAGCCUUUUUGGCCACUAGGUACGGGUUGUCCUAGAGGGUUUUUGAGUUCAAUGGAUAUGGCCUGGACUGUCAAACAAUUCGCUUCUAACAAAUAUACACCUCUUCAAUUAUUGGCUGAACGGGAAAGCGUAUACAAAUUACUUAGUCAGACAUCUCCCGAAAAUACAUGCAAGAACCUAGCACUAUACUCUAUUCACCCCAAAACCAGAUAUACCAAUUUGGACCUGAAUUUAGUCAAGCCUUUUCAAGUGAGACAUUUAUACGACACUGAAAGCCAGAACGGGAAUGCCGAAGAUAAGAUUAUUCAAAUCAUUCCCAAGAAAUUCCGAAAAUCUGAUGGUAAAAUGAAUGAUCUUUACGCGUCAAACGACCAUUACGACAUUGAUAAAGAGAACAAUCCUCCUAUCUACGAAGAGGAUGAUUAUAGUGGGUGCACUUUGCGACGUACCCAUCUUAGGGACCUAUCUCCAUUUACCAAUAAGGUUGUGAGACCUAUCUCUUUGAACAUAUUGCCUUCAACGAAUUUUGGUUCAAUUGAAACGAAUUGUGGUGUGAUUGAUGAUUUAAAAAAGAAGAAAGGUAAAGAUGAUAAUUGGAAAGGGAAAAAAAGGAAUGAAGAUUCUUCAGUUAAACCUCUGUUCUAUUCACCUCAACAUGCAACUCUGUCCUUGGUUGAAAGAUUGAACAAAUUAAGGCAAUCUAGCACCCCGAACUCUGUAACAUCCAGCAAAAAUUCCCAAUGCCAUUUUUGCUCGCAAACAAUAUAUAUGCUCGAUAUAUAUAGGUUAGAAGGAAUUUCUUUGCACAAAGAUUGCAUGAAAUGUCAGCUAUGCCAGAAAGCGCUCAAUCUCAGGAAUUACAAAACAUCUAUAGAUUCUAACGCUAAAGUCAUAUUCGCUUGUCGCGAUAAGUGUCGCAAACUAUCCAGAAAAAUAUCCAGCAACGAAAAUAUAUUUGUGGGGGAUAUUUGUCGAGACUAUUUUUCUAGAAAUGAGGAUUUAUCUAGUGACGUUUUUUCGUCUGGUGUUUGUAAAAACUUAAAAGAAAGGAUCUACAAUACUCAGGGCUUAGUCAACGAGACUAAAGAUAAAUGGGAACAUCUUCUCAGUUCACCUAACGCUUUCGUCGAUGCGAAAAAAGCCCAAGAAAAAAUCAAAGGACCUUAUAAUGAUAUUUUUGAUGAUGAUUUAUAUCAAAAUGACACCAAAUUCCAACACUACUCUUUAUACAAUGAUUUAGGUAAUGACCAAAAUAUUUCAUCAAAGACCAUAGAAAACAAUGCAAAAUACGCUACAAUUUGCGAAAAUAAUAAAAAUUAUGACAAGAUUUACCAAGAUAUCACAUUCAAAAAUGAAGAAGCCGGCAGGGAAAUCAGUGAUUUAGCUCAAAUUUUAAGUCUUUCUUAUCAAAUUAAUAACGAAAAUCCCGAAAAUUCUAGUAGUGAAAUUGUCAAUAAACGUUAUUCCAUGAGACGCAGUUUAUUAAAAAAGAGGGCGCUAUUGUGUCUUAAUCGGAAAUUUAGUAGUUACAACCACAUCCGUCCUCAUACGAAUGUUUACUCUUGUAAUGUGAAUAUAAAUAAAUGCAAGGAUAAAAUUUUGAUAGAUAAGACAAUUUAUGAAAAAACUGAGAACGAAAGUGCAGGAUAUUGUAAAGGUAAAAAGGUUAAAUUUUGCAACGAAGUCAUAAACGACACCAACAGUUAUGAGAGUUCUGAAAGUUUAAGUGAUCAUCAUUUUAAAUGUAAAAAAACUUAUCGACACGACAUCAGAUCUAAAAAACAAAAGCUAAGAAAGACUAAAUCUAAAUCACCCCUUAAGCAGACUUUUGGGUGUUCCAAAUCAUACUGUCCUGAUACAUAUAGUAAUGAUAACUGUAUUCCUGUGUUUGGUACCCAAAAUGAACCCCAUACAUUACCAACCCUUCUAAAAGAUUCUAAAUUACACGCUAGAACACCAACACAAGAUGUACCUAGUACCAUUUUUACCAAUUUUAAUUACGAACCACACAGUAAUAUUUCCGAUUUGCACGUGGAUGAUGAUUUAGUUACAGAAAUUUUAAACUCCAAUAGCGCAUACAAAUACUCUCCGAGAGAGGAUGGAACUUGCAAAUACAAAUCAACCAGGGCUAAAAUGCUUCAACCUAAUAACAUUAUGCUAAACACCUUACCAUUAGCUACUCUGGCAAAUACAGACUCCACCAUUCCUGUUCAUAAAUCAGAUGGGAAUCAUUUUUUUACUACAUUAUCAACUGGCGAAAUAAGUGAGAUUAAGGUUGAAUGUUCCACUAGUUUAGUGAAAUCCUUAAAAUCAACCCAUGACGUCACCAUUUCGAAAAGUGGGCCCAAUAAUAUGAAUGCCAACCAUUCGAAUGGUCACUUUAUUACGAGUCCUAUAAAAGUUUUAAAUACUAAAUUAUGGUUGCCGUCGGAUCAUUAUCUGCCACCUGAGUCCUUUAUUUCCCUAUCCGUCCAUGAAAACAACUUUCAGGAAUGCGAGCGGGAUUUGAUUGAGGUCCGGACUGUGUUUAACGAAUUUCUUGACAAGAUACAAUGUUUUUCGAAGAUUGAAAACGAAAAUCAGUUAACUAUUCCAUUCAUCGAUGACGUGAUUCCCGAUGGCAUAACGAAAGAUUCGAAUCAUAAUCACGCGAUUCAGACUCCAUCCCUGGAAAGUGAUGCUACAAAGGUUCUCAUUGAAGUUCUCGAAUAUGUUUGGCGCAAUAAUAUGGAUUCCUUUAUAGAUCUCUCCAAAUCUGCCUCACCAUUUAACCUCCCACUGAUUCCUUAUGAAAUCAGCAUAAAUCCUUUGUGCCAGAGUCUUACUCUCAAAGUGCAGAAAAGAGCCAUCGAAUUAGAGUGCCUCAACAGACAUAAAUUAAAAAUGGCUGCCAAUCUGGCAAGGGAUAAUAACGAUACUUUACACGAAUAUGGGGGAAUAAUAUUGGAAUGCUGCAAAGGAUUUGUUAAGAGAGAAAUCAGGAUUUUACUGGCAUCCGUUGAAGAUGAUAAGAAAUCUUUAAAACAAGUGAUUGAACUCAAAUUAUUGACGAACAUCCUGUUAGAAAUCAAUGAACAAACCGAAAAUGUGAAAAAAAGCAUACAAAAUGAAACACCCAAAAUUCAAUAGAGAAUAAUAGAAAGUGUGAGAUAUAAAUGGAAUAAACUGACAUUUUCAAGCUGCCUACCGCAUAUGGAAAAAAAUAAUCUCAUAUAAUUGUAAUAUUUAUUAUUCUGCAUUUCAUUUUUAUACAAUUCUACAUUAAAAUUAUCGAUAGUUUUAUUUUUUCAUAUUCCUAGGGAUCAAUCAUGUCAAAAAAAAUUAUUUUA